UUCCAGUUUCACUGACUCACCCAAUGACGCGCAGCUCACUCGCUUGUGAUGGCUGAUGCGCCAAAAGCCUAACAAGGAACAGCGUUCCCGACCGAAGGCUGUUCCUUAUUGUUGGGAUACAAUUCACAGCUACGCUAUUUAAAAAAAAAAGAGCCUUAUCGUGGUGUAGUAGGCUAUUCUGAACUAUUUCUGAACAGACAGCAGUAAUUAUAUAACUUUGGCAAAUGUAUUUACAUUUAUCAGUGGUGAUGCAGUUCCUUCAGAACCCUUCGCGCGAUUCUAUAAGGAAAUAAAUGACGAAGUGCAACGCUGGAGAGAUGAGAGUUGCAGGCUGAUGUCUAUCAGAGCAGAGAGAUGAGAGUUGCAGGCUGAUGUCUAUCAGAGCAGAGAGAUGAGAGUUGCAGGCUGAUGGCUAUCAGAGCAGAGAGAUGAGAGUUGCAGGCUGAUGUCUAUCAGAGCAGAGAGAUGAGAGUUGCAGGCUGAUGUCUAUCAGAGCAGAGAGAUGAGAGUUGCAGGCUGAUGGCUAUCAGAGCAGAGAGAUGAGAGUUGCAGGCUGAUGGCUAUCAGAGCAGAGAGAUGAGAGUUGCAGGCUGAUGGCUAUCAGAGCAGAGAGAGGGAGAGAGAUCAUAGAAAAAGUGAAUCUCAUGUUUGUUAUGUGAGAGAUACUGGCGCGCUUGGUCUCACACAUAAGUUACAAUGUUGCGCAAACCAAAUAGGCUCCGGAACAAAACAGUCCAAAACGGAGAGGAUCCGGCUCAAAUUAAGCACUGAUGACGAGACUUCAGAUGGUGGUGGUGGGGAGAUUUUUUGCCGUCGGCAACUGUUGCUGUACCACAGCACGUGAGCGAAUGAGGGGACGUGAACAUUUUCUACUUUCUUUAGUAAUGGCGGGGGGAAUCUGCUGGUUCGUCUUCUCGUACUGUGCAUCCGUGUAUCUCAACCAGGUGCAUCACCAGGUUAUGCUGAAUCACAGAUUACAACGCAAGCAAGCCAAACUGAUGGAACCAGUGAGGACUGACGUGCUGACUGUAACCCCGUGGCUGGCUCCUAUAGUCUGGGAGGGGACCUUUGACCCCGAGGUCAUAGACGAGGCCUUUAUGUCCCAAAACCUCACCAUCGCUACCACUGUGUUCGCCGUAGGGAAAUACACUCGUUUUCUCCGGGACUUCUUAGAGUCAGCCGAGAAGCACUUCAUGGUGGGGCUGGACGUGCAUUACUACGUGUUCACCGACCUGCCCGGCGACGUGCCCGACAACGUGACUCUGGGUGUCGGCAGACUGCUCAGCAUUGUGAGGGUGCCGAAGUUCGACCGCUGGCAGGAGAUAUCCCUCCGCCGCAUGGAGCUCAUCCAGACUGCCAUUAAGGAUCACAUCCACCGGGGGGCGAACUACAUAUUCUGCCUGGACGUAGACAUGAGGUUCCACGGCCGUGUGGGGCCCGAAGCUCUGGGGAGACUGGUGGCCGGCAUCCACCCCUGGUUCUACAUGGACCCCCGGAGCCAGUACCCCUACGAGCGGAGGACCAUCUCCACAGCCUACAUACCCUUGGACCAGGGAGACUUCUACUACCAGGCCAACAUAUUCGGAGGAGCGUUAGAGGAUAUUCACCGGCUGACCAAGACGUGCAGGGAGCACCUGGAGGUGGAUAAGUCAAUGGGUGUGGAGGCUGUGUGGCAGGAAGAGAGUCACCUGAAUUGGUACCUGUUGAGGAACAAGCCCACCAAGCUCCUGUCACCGGAGUAUGUUUGGGACGACGCUAAAGGACAGGAUGCCAAGGAGAUAAAACUGGUCCGCUUCUCCUCUGUCAUUAAGAACAAGGCAGAGGUCAGGGAGAACCUCUGAGAGGAGAGAAAGAAUAUUUGUCUUUGACACAAGCUGCAGGGAAGAGCGGAGAAACGUGGAGAGGAUGGAAGGAGGAGAGGAUGGAAGGAGGAGAGGAAAGAGGGAAGGAGGAGAGGAGAGAGAACUCUUAUCUUUAAUACAGACUGUUACUUUACCUGGUUUUAUUUUAUAUUUUUGCACACUGCACUUUUGGUUCAGUGAAAUAUGGGUUUGUUCUUGUUUAGUGUCUUUGUGACAUAGGCUAUGCUCGAAACGACACCCUAGAGCUCCUGGUUAAGAAGUGCACUAUUUAGGGUGCCAACUCAGACUUAGCUGUCUUUGCCCUAUGUACAAUGGGGUCCAUCAGUUUUGCCAUGUUUGAUAAAGAUGAGAAAAAAGACUGUAUAAAAUAAAUAAUACUAUAUUGUAAGCCUGUGCUCCAAAAAAAUUGGGUAAUUAUAUUAUAAUAAUACAAUUGCUCAGAGAAAGAGAUUUUGUUAAACAAUUAAUAAUAAAAAAAUAAAAAAAUAAAAUAGAUAUGAGUUAAAAUGA